CCCAUGCAAAUAAACGCUUCACGAUUAUCUGAGGAGGAACGUACUCGACGCCGUCAAAAUCACCUGUGCUUUUACUGCGGUGAACCAGGCCACCGUAGCACUGGAUGUCCACUCAAAUCCAAGACCUCCUCAAAGCGAUGAUUGACUCUGGGGCUGCGUUGAACAUCAUCAAUAAGGACAUCGUAGAAAAAUUCAACAUUCCAACUCAACCAUGCAUCCCGCCCAUUCGAAUCAAAGCCAUCAAUGAUACUCUCAUCGACCACGGCAUCCACCAUCAAACCAAGACAGUGAAACUGCAGGUUGGAUUACUUCAUCAGGAGAACAUUACCCUGUAUGUGGUUGAUUCACCCAAGUACGAGAUUAUCCUCGGAUUCCCCUGGCUCUCCAUCCAUGAUCCUGCCAUCUCGUGGAAUCAAGGGGAAUUAACUCACUGGUCACAUUUCUGUUUAAGGAACUGUCUUCCUGCUCAACCACAACCCUGUCUCACCACAAGCAUUGAAAGUCCAGACACGAAGGUAAAAAUCUCCAUUCCUGAGCAGUAUCAAGAUCUAUCAGAAGUUUUCAGCAAAACCAAGGCUACCUUACUCCCUCCACACCGGCCAUGGGACUGUGCCAUUGACCUGCUGCCGAACGCCAUGCCACCUAAGAGUAAGGUGUACCCGUUGUCUAGAAUGGAGGACCAGGCUAUGGAGGAGUACAUUGAGGAAGCACUAGAAUCAGGUUUCAUCCGUGCAUCAACAUCCCCCGCAGCAGCAGGCUUCUUCUUCGUAGCCAAGAAGGAUGGAGGUCUGAGGCCGUGCAUCGAUUACCGUGGACUCAACAACGUCACAAUAAAGUUCCGUUACCCAUUGCCUCUUGCCCCGGCUCUAGAACAACUGCGGGAAGCCACCAUUUACACCAAACUUGACUUACGAAGUGCAUAUAACCUCAUCAGGAUCAAGGAAGGAGAUGAAUGGAAGACUGCAUUUCUCACCACUAGGGGGCACUACGAAUAUCAGGUGAUGCCGUAUGGGUUAGCCAACGCCCCAGCUGUAUUUCAGUCAUUCAUAAAUGAAAUUCUGAAGGACUUCAUGAACAAGUUUGUAAUCGCCUACAUUGACGAUAUCCUGAUUUACUCCAAGUCAGAGACAGAACACAUCACUCACGUGCAUGCAGUCUUAUCCCGUCUACUGGAUAACCAAUUGUAUGUCAAGGCAGAGAAAUGUGAAUUCCACGUCCACCAGACAUCCUUCCUGGGCUAUGAGGUCAGUCACCAGGGGGUCAAGAUGGAUCCCACGAAGAUUCAGGCAGUCACAGGUUGGCCUCAACCCUCAACCAUUAAGGAGCUUCAGAGAUUUCUGGGCUUCGCAAAUUUCUACCGACGAUUCAUACGUAAUUAUAGCACCAUAGCUGCUUCUCUUACCUCACUGUUAAAGAACAAACCCAAGAAACUCUGUUGGACAGAGGAGGCAGAUCGAGCGUUUUCCGCACUCAAGACAAGUUUCACGUCAGCCCCUAUUCUGAAGCACCCCAAUCCCGAAUUACCGUUUGUCGUGGAGGUGGAUGCAUCGGACUGUGGAAUUGGAGCCAUUCUCUCUCAACGUCAUGGUCAACCAGGCAAACUCCAUCCUUGCGCCUUCUACUCCAGAAAACUCACCAGUGCCGAACGAAAUUACGACGUUGGAAACAAGGAGCUGUUGUCCAUGAAAGCAGCUAUCGAAGAGUGGCGACACUGGCUGGAGGGCGCUCGUCAUCCCUUCCAAGUAAUCACAGACCACAAGAACCUCGAGUAUAUCAAAGGUGCAAAGAGACUAAAUCCACGCCAGGCUCGAUGGGCUCUCUUUUUCACCCGGUUUAACUUCACAGUCACUUACCGACCAGGCAGCAAAAAUAGCAAGGCAGAUGCUCUCUCCCGGCAACAUGAUCCUCAUCUAGACACUCAUCCACCGGAACCCAUCCUUCCACCCACCGUCAUUCUGGCCCCUGUCUCAUGGGAUAUCAUGGAGGAAAUCCAACGCAGACACGAUCAAGAUCCACCACCACCACAAUGUCCACCUAAUAAGCACUACGUACCUCAAGAAAUGCGUCACCAAGUACUCCAAUGGGUCCACACCUCUCUCAGUGCUGGCCACCCAGGUAUAUCACGAACUCUACAUCUCCUAAAGAACUCAUUCUGGUGGCCAUCCAUGACCAAAGACACCGCUACCUAUGUCAAAUCCUGCCAGAUCUGUGCUCAAUCUAAGACCCCCAAGGAACUACCGAGUUCACAGCCAUACUGGUAA